AGUGCUACCGUUAUAUAUGCAAGCACGCACGCACGCACACUUCUAACAGCAACAUAAAACCAAUUCCGCCAUUUUUGUUCUGUCAAAACUCUGCUAAGGUAAUAUUGAAGAAGACCGCAGGAGAAGCUUUUUGCAGUGUCCAUUCAACCUUCUUCUUCUUCUUAUUCUUCUCCUUCUUCGCUUUCCUCAGAGAGAGAGAGAGAUACAGAGAGAGAGAUAUGGAGAGAGAGAAGGAAAUAAAACAAUCGAAGUUCAAGAGGAUUUGUGUGUUUUGUGGGAGUAGUCCAGGAAAGAAGAGUAGUUAUAAAGAUGCUGCUAUUGAACUUGGUAGAGAAUUGGUAUCAAGAAAUAUUGAUCUUGUUUAUGGUGGAGGAAGUAUUGGCUUGAUGGGUCUGGUCUCUCAGGCUGUUUAUAAUGGUGGCCGUCAUGUCAUUGGAGUGAUUCCCAAGACACUCAUGCCUAGAGAGGUAUGUAUAAUUUUCUUUCUACUCUUUCACUACAAUAUGUUUGUAACUUUAAAGCAUUUCAUUGUGUUGCAUCAUGAAAGAACUUGACCAACAAUGUGGAAAAAGCCAAGGUUUAUUUGGUGCUUAAAUUUUAUGAACACUUCUUCGUAUAAGAUUCUGAAAAAUCAGUCACAUUUAUAAAGUAUUUCAACUUAUUUAUACUUUCAGUGCACCUAAUAAUUUUUCUUGAGGGUAGAGAGUGAGUGAGACCAUUAUCUAGUUCUUUUUUUUUUGUUAUUUUAUAAUAUUUGGUGAAAUUAUUUUUGUUUCUCUUAAAUGGGUAUGUUAUUAUUAUUU